GAAAAUAAUAUACCAUUUAAAAAUAGAAAUAAAAAUGAAAAAAAAAUGAAUAUUAAAAAUAUACUCAACUACCAAAAUGGCAAAAAAAAAUAUAAAAACACACACUAUAGUGGUAAUUAUAUUUAUUUAUUUUUUUAUUUUUUUUUUUUAUUUUUUUUUUUUUUUUUCAAGUUAUUCAUUUAUUAUAUUAAAACUCUUUAUUAAAAAUAUACAAAUUAUUAAAAGUGUUAGAGGAGUCAAAUGAAAUGGAGUUAAAGGAAAGGGAAUCGCCAAACUUAAAUGGAGCUUCUGCUGGGAAUGAAUGUGAAAGUUGUAUAGAAAAAAAAGAGUAUGAUGGGUAUGUCUAUGGUGGUGACGAGACCCAUUUUCCCCCAGCAAUAAAAUAUAUUUUGGUGAGCGAAAUCUGUGAAAGGUACUCAUAUUAUAGCAUGCGUGGGAUACUUGUCAACUAUUUAAUCAACUUUAUGGGCUAUUCGAAUAGUAGAGCAUCGGCUAUUGGCCACAGUCUGAAUUCAUGUGCUUAUUUUUUUACUUUGUUAGGUGCAUAUUGUGCAGAUGGUAAAUUGGGAAAGUUUAAAACUAUUUUAUAUUUUAGUAUACUUUAUAGCAUUGGUGGGGCAAUAUUGGCAAUUACUUCAAUACCUGGGGUGGUUGGUGAUGACCCUAGUGAUAGAAAACCAUAUGGUAUUAUAUUCGCAUUAUCUCUCAUUGCUAUAGGUACAGGUGGAAUGAAACCUGUCGUCUCUACAUUUUGUGGUGACCAAUUUGGACCCCACCAAAAGAAACUAUUGACAAAUUUAUUUCAAAUAAUAUAUUGGUGUGGUAAUUUAGGGGGAUUCAUUUCAUCAUUUCUAUCUCCAAUACUCAGAACAAAUGUUGGUUAUUGGUGUGCAUUUUCUAUACCUGCAACAAUAUUGGCGAUUUCAGUUGUCAUCUUUUUCUCAGGCCAUAAAAAGUAUGUUAAAAGAGCACCCCAGGGAAAUAUUAUAUCAGAAGUAUUGGGUGCUAUUGUUUGUGGGAUAAAAGAAACAUUCAAAAAGAAAGUAACCGAAAGAAACACUUACAACGAUUGCGAAUAUCAAGACAGUUGGAUAGACAGAGCUAAAAUCAAAUACAGCAUGAAGACAAUAAUGGAGAUUAAAAUGUCCCUUAGAGUUAUAGUUAUUUUUGUACCAUUAACCUUUUUUUUUGCUCUCUUUGAUCAAAUUAGUACAAGAUGGGUCGUACAGGCAAAUUCAAUGGAUAGAAAGAUUGGAUCAAUUACAAUAGACUCUGAAAUCAUUGGUGCAAUGAACCCACUGUUAGUAUUAAUGUUUGUUCCACUCUUUGAAUAUGGAAUAUACCGUCCUUUGCAGAAAACAAGUUUCAAUUAUACACCUCUUCGAAAAAUUGGAACUGGUAUUAUACUAUCUGUUUUGUCAUUCUUUUUAGCAGGUGCAAUUCAAAUGAUAAUGGAUCGUCAUGAACCUAAUACAGUUCAUAUAUCCCUUCAAAUACCUCAAUACAUUCUUUUAACCGCUGCAGAAGUGUUAAUUCUCAUUACUGGUAUCGAGUUUGCCUAUUCAAACUCACCUAAAUCAAUGAAAGCAAUCAUAGUGGCAGGUUGGCUAAUGACUAUAGCAAUUGGAAAUUUAAUAGAUGCUUUUAUCAUUGGAUUAAUUCAUUUACCAGAGUAUCAACUAUGUUUCCUUUUUGGUUCAAUAAUGUUUUUAUUUCUUUUUGUUUUUAUUAUAAUAGCAUAUAAUUUCAAACCUAUAGAUCUAGAACAAUAUUACAAUAAUGAUAUUGACAAUAAUGAUAAUAACAACAACAACAACAACAACAACAAUAAUAAUAAUAAUAAUGACAGCAUAGAUGAUGGCAAUAUAGAUAAUUUCGACAUUGAUAACUGUAGUGAUAGUAACUAUAUUAUCAGUAACAGUAUAGAAAAUUUAAAUAAAUAA